AUGGAUCGGCCUCAAAAUCGCCAGCCGCGGCCGCCAAGAGGAAACGACCGCGGUGGUCGAGGCGGCAGGGGCAACAGAGGCGGAAGAGGACGUGGUGGACGAGGCGGAGGAUCGGGCCACUGGGCACCAGCCACGCCGCAACAAUCCACCGGAACCGUGCCUACAACCAGGGAUGUUGUCCCCGGGGCCGGUGUUUUCAUAAUCCUCAAAGACGACCAGCCUACCGGGCAGGAAACGCGCGGUGUGGUGGGCGAGGUGCUCACGUCGGGCAACCAUCCCAGGGGCAUCAAAGUGCGUCUGCGCGGAGGCCAAGUCGGUCGAGUACAGCGCCUGGACAAGGCACCACUCGAUAAUGCAGACAACAGAGAAGAAAGACCUACCGGAGAUGACGCAAGAUCAUCCAAUGCACAGAUGAGUGCUGGUCCUGCGCGCGGAGGAGGCAGCGCGAGGUUUUCACAUCGAUAUACAGAUGUGCGCUACGAUGACUAUCUAGAAGGGCCGCCGGAGAGGAGCCUGGCCGAUUUCCUGCCAGCUGACUUUGGAGUGCCUGCUGCGGCCAAGAAGGCGGCAACACCGACUGUCAAAUGUCCCAUGUGCGAGGACUUUGAGGGCGACGAGACGGAAGUGACACAUCAUAUAGAUCAGGUGCAUCUCGUUUGA